CUACCGUAGGUUCAACCACUUUGACGAGCUGUCAGGUCGUUUCUGGGGACGGUCCAUUGGUGGAUCAGCUGACUCGUUGGAUAACCCCGUCUUCACCCGCUCCGACGAGUUGCUACACCGGAGGGCGCUCGACCGCACCUGCUGUUACCACGACGAUACGCUGUCCCUGGCCUCCACCUGCCCUAGCAAUGGAACACACCUCAACACCGUCUACCCACACAAUUCCCAGUACGGCUGGGCGGUCAGCGAGGUCAGCCUGGCGGAGUGUGUGUUGGAUUCUGGGAAAGCAAGUGACCUGUCAGUGUGCAGCUGGCCCAUAGAACCCAUCCAGUGGACACCCUUCCCCCUGCUACAGCAACUAUCCUCUACACACAGAACCACCCCGGUGAGGGCGCUGCGUCCUCGGUCCUACUGUGAAGGUAUGGAGCUGGUGGAACUGGAGAAGAGCUGGACGGCCUAGCAACCACUGAACCGUUUAGUGGAGUCAGUCGUGAGGAAAGGUUGAACAACUGAAUCACUGAGUAAACUGAUUCACUGAGUCACUGAGUCAAUGGUAUCUCUGAAUCACUGAAUAAACUAUCACUGAAUCGCUGAGUCACUGAAUAAACUGUAUAACUGAGUCAACGGGAUAACUGAAUCACUGAAUAAACUGUAUCACUGAUUCACUGAAUCACUCA